CGAUAGGCAGAACUCCAAAAACUAAAGACCCAGUGUUGAGGAAAAUUUUAAUACAUUACAUUUCCCAACUUAAAAAAGGAACUAUCUCUACUCAACAAGAGGUAGCAGAAAGAGUUUUCCAAGAUAUAGGUCAAAAGGUCAGUCAGCCCACUAUUUCUCGUUAUCUAAAAAAAAGAAAAGUUACUCAUAAGAAAAUUGAUUAUCAUUAUGUUGAACAAUUAAACCAUCCUGAGAAAAUUAUGGAUUUUGUUGAAAAGAUUCCAAUUUUAUCUAAAUCCCCUGUUUUAGCGAUAGAUGAAUGCUCUUUCCACUUAAACGAAGUUCCUAGAUAUUCCUAUGCUGAAAAAGGCAAGCGGGCUAGUCAUCGCAAACCAGGGAUGAAAACAGAGGAUUUUCACGAAUUCAUUUCUAAUCUUAAUCUUCCAACUAACCAAAAACUUUAUCUCUUGCUAGAUAAUCUCAAAGUUCACCAUGCCACUAAAUCUUGUCAGAAGUUAGGGUUAACAACUAUUAAGGAGUUAUUAGUUAGUAAGAAUAUAGAACCAGUUUAUUUACCUCCUUACACCCCUGAGUUAAAUCCAGUAGAGUUGUGUUUUAAACUUUUAAGGCAAAAUACCAAGAAAAAGAAACCAAGAACUUUUGAAGAGUUAGAAGCCUCUAUUAAUAAAGCAACAAAAGUAUUAGAACAACAGGAUUUAGUUAAAUGCUUUCAACAUUGUUGA